UUUCAGAUGUUCUCGCACACGUUCUCAUUCACUGUUGUUGUUAUUAUACUCUGUGUUAAUCUGACAUUGGUGUCGUGUGGUAAGAUAUCUGAUGCUAAUAUGAUAAGAAAACGGGACAAGCGACAAUUUUAUGGCGGUCACCACUUUGGUAGCAUAUCUGUUCCGUUCUUCAAUUUUGCCUGGGGCAGACACUAUAAUGGAUGGCAUGCCCCUUGGUACUAUAACUAUGGUUGGAGAGUGCCAUAUCCGUUUGGACCACAUUUUGGGAUAAGACGACGGUUCUGGAGAAGGCGUUGGGAAAAUUGGGACGGGUAUGAUGAGGGUUUCAGAGGUCAUGGGCCAUUUCAUGGCGGUUUCGGAGGUCAUGGCCCAUUUCAUGGCGGUUUCGGAGGUCCAUGGUUUGCUUGAUGGGUGUUAUUCAAUCGAUUUGUUGAAAAUUGUAAUUCGAAAUGAUAUGAAAAUAUAUGAAUUACUGUCACAUAUAUAUUACUACAUGUCACUCUGUACGAUACAUAAAAGGGAACAAUCAUUUUGUGUAGGAAUUUUGAAAGUUUUACUUCAAAAAUUACUAAAUCUUUAAAAUAAAGCAUUUACA